UUUGGAAAACAGGAACAGCACCAAAGAGGAACUGCUAAUGGCAUUGCAAUGACAGGCAUGUCUCUAUUCAAAGCUAUUGGCCCUGCAUCAGGUGGUGCAAUAUUAACUUGGUCACAAAAGCGGAUGGAUUCUUCCUUCCUCCCAGGCACACAUAUGGUGUUCUUCGUCUUGAACAUAGCUGAAGCAGUUGGAUUAUUAAUGAUCUUCAAACCAUUCCUUGGUGAGAAAAAGAAACCUGAUCAAUUACAGUGAUAGCAAUCAACAAGAAGUUUGACAUCAUUAAUUGGAACUAUUGAUUAUGAACAAAUCUAUAUCGAUGGCAACAAUUCAAUUUGUAACUUCUCGUUAGAGAAAAAGGAAAAGGCAUCGAAGAUAAAAAGAAUAAAGGAGACUGAAAAAGUGAAGAAAUGUUGUAUGUUCUUUUCUUUUACAGUUGAAAAUGACCUGUGGCCACACAUUUGACCCCUUUUUCUGCAGAGAUGUUGAAUUGCAUUCACCACGAUGAACAAAUGAGUCAUUAAAUUGUUUUUGUUAUGAAAACAUUAGUCAUUUUCAUUAGUUUAUAACUUAAAUGAAAAACUCAUGUACCAUAAUUUGUUUUUAUUUCAAUCCAAAAUGUUUUUAUAUUUAUGUACU